AUGGAGUUAAUGUGUCAUGAAACUGUUGAAAUGGACUCCAGCUCCCAGUUGAUGUCCAGACCGGUUCGGGCGUUUAGAGACGCGGUUCUGACCCAAGACUCGCGCGUCCAACAGAACCUGCUGAGCUCGGAGAGACCGAACAUCAAAUCGAGGCCCGAACCCGGCACCGAGCAGACCGACGUCCAGCCGUACAUGCGCCGCAUAUUAACGGGGUGGAUGCUGCAGGUGUGUGAGGAUCAGAAAUGUGAGGAGGAGGUCUUUCCUCUGGCCGUUCAUUAUUUGGACCGGUACAUGUCUCAGUAUCCUGUAUACAAACACAAUCUACAGCUGCUGGGAUCCGUCUGCAUGUUCCUGGCCUCCAAACUCCGGGAAUCGGUUCCUCUGAGCGCCUCCAAGCUCUGCAUCUACACGGACCACGCCGUGACCAUCCCAGAAAUACUGCAGUGGGAAGUGCUGGUGGUGUCGAGGCUGAACUGGGAUCUGGCCUCAGUGCUGCCCUCUGACUUUCUGGAGCUGUUACUGCAGGGCCUUCCAUUCAACCUGGAGAACCCAGAGGUCGUACGCCGUCACGUGCACUCUUACAUCGCACUGACCGCCACGGAGCUAAAGUUCUCAAUCUUCACUCCGUCUACAAUGGCUUGCUCAUGUUUGACGGCAGCUGUUAUCAGACUGAAAGACCUCACAGAGACGAUAACCACCGAUGCUCUCCUGAAGAUCCUGAGGAACAUGCUAGACGUGGAUGAGGUGUCUCUCUACGAGUGUUAUUCAGCGUUGGAGGAGUUGAUCGAUGUGACUCUGUGCCGGUCACCUGUGACAGAUUCACCUGAACUCAUCAGUACAUCUGUCAACAUUCAACACAUCAAACAGUGACAGGUGCACGGUCAUAUUCAUUAAUUUAGAUCCAUUGAAUGAAAUCAUUCUAGCGCUUUUUGGCGUUUUGAUGAAUGUGUUUGACGUUGUUGUUAGUUUCUUCUCAUGUUUAAAUGGUCAUUUAUGAUAUAGCAGAUGUUUGGCGCUAAAGCAAAUAUUUGUGUUGCUAUCAGACCUUUGUCCUGUUAAACUCAAACACUGCUGUAUAUCUGACUGACUGUAUGACCAUUGACCUUUGGUGUCUGCGGUGAGGAUAGCAUUACAGAUUUUGUGAUUAAUUUACUAAAUUUCACUCAGACAUGAAUGUUAUUCAUAGUGAGAACCGAUCUUAAAUAUAAAGCAUGUAAAAAUAAAAACUAUAGAUGUGGAUGAUUAUUUUUGGGGGCUUGUUUAUGCAGGUUAUAUUUCACCAUUAAAUAUUUACAUUGCAUUUUUUGUCAAAUAUA